GCGAGACAGUCGGUUCGGUUCCCAAGCAGUCCGGCAGUCGGCCUAAAACGAGUUCGUCCAAAACCCAGACCCAAACAGACAUAUGUGUACAAAAUAAAUGUGUGGCUGUGUAUCCGCACACUCGCGAGUAGAUACUGUACGAGCGCACACCUCUGCGGUGCCGAAAAUAAAAGUAUAAAGUUAAUCUAGAUAAUUUCGCUGGAACAAAAACAAGAGUAAACACUAUACAAUUGUAGACGCUGUGCCUGUGACUGAUGUCAGACAGACGCGUACCUCUUGAAGUGAAGCGUUGAGUGUGAAAUGCAAAAACGAGCAAAUUCAAAACCCCAGAGCUUCAGGCCCUAAACACUAAGCACUAAGUUGGCAUUAAGUUUGCGUCUUAACGGCCAGGCAGGCAGCCGACUAGGCAGAGUUCCGAAAACAAUUGCUAAGAAAGUGAAAGAUCUGAGAGACAAAAGGAAAAGUCCGAGAAAGGGAAAGGUUAGAGCUGCCCGCUUUGCAUAUGCUCCGUCAAGUGCAACGCUCAGAAGUUUUAGCUUUUGGCCAUGCUCUUAGCCAAUAGCUUAGUCUGCUAGCCAGCUAGCCAACCCACCUGUGGCAACAGCUGUUACACUUAGACAAUCGCCCACUUGCAGCUAGAUCAUUGAAACUUUAUUUUCAAUAUUUUUCAAUAAUUUUUUGCCACAUGCUUUGCCUUGCUGACUUUGCGUUUUCAGCUUAUUUUUUUUGUAUUCAUCAAGAGCAAGAUAUAUUAAAAAUUAAAUAAAAAAAAACAAUCCCCUAUACCACGCGUUUUUUCGUCGAAUUGCCAUUGAUUCAUUGAGCCCUGUCUGUGAGCGAGUCUCUCUGUGCGAGUGUGUGUCCGUGCGUAAGUGUGUUGGUGAACAUACAGUCAACAAGGCCCGGGGAAAAAAAGCGGCCAAGCGACAUUGAUGUCAAUGUGCAGUUGUUGUUGGCUCCUGCAUCGGACCAGAAUAUAAUGAAAUAAAGCUAAAUAAAAUAUAAGCUAAAACGCCUUCAGUGGACUCAGUGGGACCGAAAAGAGAUAUCAACGCCAUCGACUAUCGCGGACAGGCAACGCACAGAAGAACACACAUACCGACAGUUGGUUCAGAAAAGUCUCAAAUUAGACCGUGAAAGCCAAAAAGUAAAUAACCAGCAAAGCGUGCAAAAGGAAAAGCCAAGGAAAUUAUAAGGGGGGUCUAGAGGGUCUCGGGGCAGAGGCAGCCACAUGCACACAGUAGCAGGCCUAGAAUAGCUAGAAAAUUAUUAUUAUGAUAAUAAAUUAAAGUUGCCAUUAAUUUAGCCAAAACGAAACACGAAAGAAGCCUGGGAAGCAGACGGUAGUAGCAUAAUAACAAUAAAUAAUAAUUUGAAAUAGGCGAGCAAACCCAAAAGAAGACGACCACAAAGAAGCGGCUAAGUGCAGCCUCCCGUUCCAAUACAGCAAUACAGAGAGAGAAAGAAACAAGCCAGAGUAAGAGACAGCAACAGCGUCGGCCAGAGUUACAGAAGAAAGGCAGCGAGCAGAUCCAAAGCAGCUCGAGCGCAUCGAGCGUGCAAAUUAAAAGCGCACAACAGUAGCUCCCAGCUCCAACAUGGAAGUGGCCACAACAAACAAUCACAGUCAGAGCCAUCACCAUCAUCCCCAUCAUCAUCAUCAUCUGCAGACGGCUCCCAGCUCGGGAUCCGGGGUCGGGAUUGUUAGCGGGAUCGGGGGUUCCAGGUCCCCAUUCCAGCGCGAGGUGCGUGAAUGGCAACGCAUCGAUCCCAAUACCGGAGCCCUGUUCAGCGGGCGACUGGAGGCAGACCGCUGGAUAAAUGGACCACUGAACAGCUACGGCAAAAUAUCCGACUCCCAAAACAUCUCACAGCCGAACGGCACACAGCACACACAACGCAAACAGUUGGAGGUGCUGAAGGCCCGCACCGCCAACGGCGCCAUGCAGGUGAUCCGCACCCAGACGGUGCAGAAGAGCUCCUCCUCGUGGGCCUCCUCCACAUCCACCACCACCACCUGCACCACCACCCACCGCACCAGCAAUGGCCACGGUCCACCUUCGCAUCCCCUCCCAAAUUCCCCGCUCGCCUCAUCCGGCGUUGACAUUUGCGAACUGAGCGACGAUAGCAGUCUAAGCGGCAGCGAUGCUGGCAUCGUCCGCGCCGCUUCCUCAGCCACAUCCGCAUCUACAGCCCAAUCCGCGUCCGCAUCCGCAUCCGCGCUGAGCCAGGAGCUCAUCGACGAUCAUGUUGAUUUUGUUGUGAUUAAUGGCGAGGCGAGCGACAACGACGACGAAGACACAAACAGAAACAGAAACAGAGACGAGUAUUCGCAUAGAGUCGGCCUCAAUUUGUUACCCGAUACGGCUCCCAGCCAGAAAUUGAGCAAUCUAAUGAAAAGCAGCUCGAGCAUUUCCAGCCAGAGCAGCAACAAUUCAAAUUUAACAACUGCAGCGGCACAAGCGAGCAACACCCACACCCACAGAAGUGCGGGCAAAAUAAGCCUACAUGCAAUUGUCGGACCAGAAUCAUCGUCAUCAUUGUCAUCAUCAUCAUCGCCAGCGGCCUGGGCCAAGCAGGCUGACUUAUAUGGCCAGCCACCGAGUCGCGUGGGUGGUGCUGGUACUGGUGUUGCUGGUGGAGCAGAUGCUGACGUAGCUGCGACUCCGCCAACGCAUCGUCGUGAUUUGGAAAGUUUCCGGCAUUAUAACGAUGACGGGAACAGCAACAACGACGACGAAGAGUUGCGGCUAACUGCCCGCCACCAGCGUCGCCAGCAGGUGUCCCAGUCGGUCUACGCCCCGCCCCUGCCCUCGCUCGGAUCUUCAAUGCUCCAGCGCUCCCGCUCCAUCUCCACGGACGAUCUCAGCAACGACUGGGAGCGCGAGGACAAGAGUGAGCAGCCAACGGGGGAGUGGCGCCGGGUCAGCAAACUGCGCCGCUCCUUCCAGUCCCAGGAGCACUACAAGUCCCCGGCAGUGGCCGCUCGCCCGCGUCCCCUGGACCUGCCCGGGAAUUCGGUGAGUGUCGCCCGUUUGCGGGCGGAACUGGAAAACGGUCGGCGGCUGAACACGGCCAUGCGAAACAACCACGUGGAUUUGGCCGCCCUGGACACCAUUCUGAACUCUCCCACGGCCAAGCCGACGGUGGCCAAGCGAAACACCUUUCUCACCGCCGAAUCCCUGCAAGAGAUUCGGGGAAAGCUUAAGAAACUCUCUGACGAGAGUCUCUACAAAGAGGACUUCUUGGCCUACCACCAGAAGAAGAAGGAGCCCUCCGUGGAGAAGCUAGCUGCUCCCCAGCUGCCGGCUCCUUCCGCUUUCAGGCCUGUCCACAACACCCAUAGUCUGGAAUCGCGCCAACGUCAGAAGGACACCAGUUCCAGUGAGUGGCACUUGCGUCGCAAGUCCUACGGCUUUGAAAAGAUGUCACCACCGGAAGACAAAAGCAUUUUCCGCGUAGACGCCUCGACGGACAGCGGUUUGGGCCGCUCGGGCGAACAACUCGGAAACUGGUCGCCCACGGAGAGGAGUGGAGCAACGAUGCCUCAACAGCCCCACAACGGCGGUGGCACCAUUAUACAUUUCGGGAGGGCGGUGAAACCAGUUCAGAUCUCGCCCAGCCCCACCGAAGGUGAGCUCAGCAAGCGGCAUUCGAUUGCCGUAGAGGAAACCUGGCGUGAUUUGCGGAAGACAUCCCAGGUUCACGUUAAUGGGGGUACUGUGACCAGGAGCAGCACCACCACUUCCUCGAGCUUCAACAAUCACCUUCAGAGGGGCAGUGCCCAGAAGAGAGUGGAGUUCUGCAAGACGGAGGUUCACUUUGCUGCCGAAUCGGGAAGGGUGAACAUCGUGGAGACUGACGGAAAGCCGCCGCCGACGCAAAACUUUCGCCGGCGCCGUCGCACCGCCAGCGGACCGCUCCAGAGUCUGGUGAAAUCCGCCAGCACAGUCAGCGGCACCAACGAUAGUGUAACCCAGUUCGGAGAUGAUUCCCAACGGCGCAAGACGAUUGCAACGAGCACCGUGGCUUACCGCGCCACUCUAAUGGAUCCACCGGAGGUGGUCAGCCAGCAAGUCGCCACUCAGUCGGCUAUAGGGAGCAGCAGCACCGUUUCCUCCACAUCCUCCUCCGCCGCCUCCACGUUAUCCAGCUCACAAGUAACCGUGACCACAGAGCCCCGCUACAGUCUGAUGGAGUCCACCUCGCGGAACAGUUACACUUCCACCAGCGGUGUGGACACCACGGACAACGAGACGGACGAGCUGUCCAACAUCCGGGGCAUCCUGAAAAACAAGCCCGUUAAACCGAAGCCCUACCAUCUGGGCGAGAAUAUCGAGAGCGCCGAUGUGCUGUGGAGUGUGCCGGCCAUGAAGACGGAUCGGGAGAGUCCCUCCGCCAGGGAUAGUGGCACCACCAGUGUCUCCCCGAUCACCACUAAAUCGGUGGCCGAGCGGAUUCGUAUUGUGGAGCAACGGCAGCACCAGCCGCAACCCUCGCCGUCUGGCAAUGGGUAUUCCACCAAGAUCAACGUGAGCCUGGGAGCCUCCGAAGAUUGGCCUGAUGCAGGCACCCAUCUGCAUCAGCAACGUCACCGCCAUCGUCGUCCCAGCGCCCAGGAGCUGUUGCUGGAGGAUCUUCGCCAGCACCAGCGCAUCCUGGACGAGGGCCUGAAGUCCACGUCCCUGAUAAUGCGCACCAUGCGAUCGGCCAGCGAAUUCGAUGAGGCCAUGCGGCGCCUGAGCAUAGCUUCGAUUGAGUCCGCCCUGGUCCAGCCGACGAUCGUGGUGCCCACACCUAUGCUGCGCUCGCACAGCUACCAGGAGGAGGGGUACAUCCCCUCCCGCCGCCCCUCGACCAUCUCCACCACCUCCAUCACCAGCAGCGAUCUCUUCGGCAGCGCCUUGUACGACUCCCUGCCCCGUACUCCGCUCGCUCCCCCCCGUCUGAAGUUGCUGGGCAACACACAGAUCCCAGUUAGCCAGCAGCUCAUUCAGCUGCGAAGGCUCUAUGAUGCCGCCGACCAGGAUCAAGACCAAGAGGACAGUGCCGACGAAGAGGUGAAGCGGUACUUCCGGGACAACAACAGUGACAGCGGUGGCGGCACCCAGGGCAGCUCAUCCCCAGAGCAGCAGCGCCCGGCGGAAGUGUUUCAGGGCAGCGAGUAUUCCAGCAGCUGGAGUCGGAUGAAAGCCAAGCGCACUAUUUGGAAGAUUGAGACUCAAGAUCAGAUUCUGCAGCGAGCAGAUCUACCCAAAUCAAAUGUGAUGAACAUUGCACUCCACGCACCUCGUGUGGAAAAGCCCAAGGCCACACCACCCACUCUGCGCAUAGGCCAACUGGUGCCGGUUGCCAAGCCCAGAACUCUUUUCAUCCAACCCCAAAUCCAUGAUCAAGCUCCUGCGGAUGCUGCUGAAGAUUCAAGCAGCGAGACCUUGAAAAUAAUCAAAGAAGCUCGUGGGGCUAGAAAGCUGCGUGAACAUGAACUGUCCUACUUUGGAGUUCAACAGCAGCAGGCAUCGCAAACGAAACUCUCAACCGGCUCUACGAAUCCCCGCAGGACUCUUCCCUCACGAAGCAGGUCAAUCCACAGUGAGGAGGCCAGCAGCAAUGGCACCACGAAAACCACCACCAAGUGGCAACUACUCAACGAUCGACCCGAUUUGCUGAGGCACAGCAGCCCGCAGCACAAUGACAUUAAAACGACCCACGACUAUGAUGAGGAUGAAAACGAAAACGAGGAGCACUGUUACGAAAAUAUUGCCAACGAGCUGACCACCACUUUCCGGGUGAAAUCGCCCUCUCCGUCACCAGAUAGAUCCAGAUCAAGAUCACCAGGAAGCUACGAACGGAAACGCGACCUGCAAAGAGAUGCACAGAUCCUGAGCGAAAUGACUCGCAACGCUGAUCAAACUUUGAAGGCUCUCUCCGACGAGGCGGCUAUCAAGGAUCAGCGGCGCCGAUCCUGCUCCUUGCAGCGUCGCAGCUCUAAGCCCCUGGAAACAAUCGACGAGAAGGUAAAGGUUUACCCUGCCUCCCAGUCUCUGGGUGUGGCCCGUGGCACUUUUGCCUCGGAAGCGCGACGCAAUUCCCGACAGUCGACGCCAUCGCCCACAAGAGCUCGCAGUUCAUCCCAGUCCUCCAUUGAAUGCUGUCCCCGCGAUCGUUCGCGCUCCAGCUCUCGCGAAUCGAUGACCCAAGGCGGUGGCUCCUCUGACGACCAGAUGGCAACUAAACACCGGGCCGAGCGUCUGCGUCUGCGCACCCCGAAGCGCGAGAAGUCACGCCACGAGACACAGGAAUCCGAACUUCGUAUUAAACCACGAACCAGAUCUAGUGCACACGCUGCAGGAUCCUCUUCGCUGGAGUCCAAGCGGAGCUCACAUCACGGCCGAAACAGCAAUCGGGAGGUGGAGAAAUCUAGUGAGACGAAGACCUCCUCCGGCAGUCGUCUGGUAAGAUCCUCACGAGUCGCCGAGGAGAAUCGCUCAAGGCAGAGCGGACUGCGGGAACGUGACCGGGAACGCUCGCGGGGAAGCGAGAAACACCGGGAGGAGCUCUCUCGCUCUAGAGGUCACUCCAGUCGCUCUAGGCACAGUGAACACACCACUUCGGGCACCCGCGAGAGCAGCCGACCAAGUAAGACGCGAUCGAGUCGCAGCAGCCAUGACUCAGCGACACCACACAAAAAGUCCACAACAACCACAACGAGCACCACAAGCGCUAAAAAAUCAUCGAAAACCACAGCACACCAUACAGCAACCACCACUUCGGCAUCAGCACCACCGACAUCGCACAACGAACUGACGUACGUAUACGUAACGAAUUUAGCCAAUACACAAACCGACGACCAGGAAGCCGCAAACAACGUAACCGAAGGGGCGGAAAAGACGGUUGUUGAAGCCGAGGCCGAAAACGAGGCUGAUUAUGCCAGCAUUGAGGAGAUGGAGGGGAUUCCCCUGGAAACUCCCCUGCCUCCGCCGCGUACCAAGCGCAAGAGAUCCCUCAUACCCGUGCCCGUAGGCCAGCCCGCCAGCUAUGAGUACCGCACCAAGCUGGAGAUGAUACCGCCCAGCUACUCCAACCAGUCUACGCUAAAGUGCCGCAGUGUGGGCCGCCGGAAGCCGUCCCUGAAGGCCACCCAGUCGACCAGCUCGAGCUUCGCCUUUAUGCCCUAUUUGCCGGCCAAGCGCAACUCGAGUGUCAGCCAUGUGUACGACAACUACCUGUUGUAUGCCACCAGCGAGAGUCCGGCCAAGCUGGACAAACUUCUGCGUCCGUACCAGAACAAUCUCAGCAACGAUCAUUCGCAGCUCUUUGGUGGCGGUGCGGCGGCCGGAGGCGUGGCAAGGAGGACGGGCGGUCGGCUGGGGGGCUGGCCGAGGCGGCUCAAGAUGCGGCAGGUGCGCAGCAGCGUGUCCACACACCAGCCCUUCGGCAUCUGCACAUGUUCAUAGUCAGCGCUGGAAUCGCUCAACUCGAGAUCGAAUUUAAAGCACCCCCAAGAAACCAAAAAUCAGCAAAAACACACAUGUACUUGCAACGGCUUACACCGGCAAGGAUCUCGUCACAAAGUCACACCCAAAAUAAUCCCAAUGCACGAUUGAGUUCUAUAUCCCACUGCCGUCUAAUCCCACCCACUGUGUUCCCUACUAAUACUAAACCAAGCAAAUCAAAUCAAAAUCAGUACUGACGUGCGAGAGAUGUUUAUUUAAUUGUUUAUUUCGAUUAUUAUUUGUUUCGGAGCGCACACAAAACUCAAAACUCGGCCAAAGCACUCAAUCACAAAAGAGCCUGUCUGGUUCUGUUUUUACAUUUCACAGCACACGGUAAAAGCACACUGAAUGGACACCAUCAGAACCAGCUCAGCGGCGGAAGUGGCAAGCACCACGGAUCGGGACAUGGCCAC